AUGCAACGUGCUUGUUUGUCUCACUUCUGCUCUAGCACUACGGCUAGAGGCGCAACGGUGGCUAGCUCAGGCUAUUUGUUGCACAGCACGACGUCGUCGGCAGCUUUUGCCGGCAGACGUGAUUUCGUUCGACCGGGGGAGGUCUUUCAUUUACAGAGGGACCAGCUGACCGCCUCCACGUCCAGCAGCUCCUCACGGAGAUGCGCGGCCUCGAGGUCCAACUUCCAGCAGCUACGGACCACGACGAUUUUGUGCGUCAGAAAGGACAACAAGGUGGUAAUGUGCGGCGACGGACUGGUCACCGCCGGGCACUACAAGGUGAAGCCAAACGCGCUCAAAGUGAGGACGGUCGGGAAAGGUAAAUUCGCAUAUUGCUUUGUUUGGGAAAAAGCAGCUGGCGUUUUGGUUUUCGUAGUGCAAUGUGGAUGUUGAUGCACUGCGCGACGCCGACUAGAUCUUGAAGGGGCAGAUUGAAUGAAUGAGCUUUCGUUACUGUCCUGUCGUGCGUGUUUAUCUAUCGGUACACAGAGAUUUAUGUUUGAUUGUGCAUUUCUUUCCGGUUUAUUCGGUGGAACAUGCAAGGUAAGAACCUCUGUAUCACCGGUUUCGCGGGUGGCACUGCGGAUUGCCUGGCUUUGUUGGAACGGCUCGAAAUGAAACUCGAGGAAUACCCGGGGCAGUUGGUACAAAAGUGUUUUGUGUUUCGAUUCUCUACAACCUCCGCAAAGAUUCCGUACGCAUGCGGAUGAUCAUGUACUUACAAGAAUUUUUCCACCGAUCACGCAUUUCAAACUCACCUUUCGCUCAACAACCCAGGUAAGAGCCAGCGUCGAGCUUGCAAAGGCGUGGCGACUGGACAAGAUGCUGCGGCAACUCAACGCGACGGUCGUUGUCGCAAACGCGGAAGCGACUCUGGAGCUGACGGGCAACGGAGAUUGCUUCGAGCCUCACGAUGGGGUUUUAGGGGUAAGAAGGAGUAGUUUUGAAACUUGUGUGACAAAUCGGAAAGAGAUGAGUUUGAUGUUCUUUCAGGAUUCAUUAGCUGUAUAUGUCAGACAGUAACUCGUGCGCCAUAAGACGCGAGCAAAGGGUUGAUGUUCUUUCAGGCGAAGAUAUUUGUUGCAAUAAAUUGAAUCGACGUGAAGUUGUUGAAAAGCAAAACCAUUGCCCCUCCCCUCCCAGAUCGGCUCCGGCGGUGCCUUCGCCACGGCCGCGGCUCGUGCGCUGAUGGAAGCGGGCGUGGCGCUUUCCGCCAGGGAAAUCGGAUUGCGGGCGAUGCAAAUCGCGGCGGACUUGGAUACGGCGACGAACAGCCGGUUUACCGUCGAGGAAAUUGAUAUCGAAGAGAAUUCCACCACCGCCGCCAGCGCGGAGAACGAACCCAGCGUGAUCGGGGUCCCGAAACUGAACCAGAAAAAGGACGUCACGUCGGCGCCCUCGGUACAUGACAACCAGAUGGUCCAGGAAGAAGUGGAGGGGAAAAUGGAAGAAAAAGGAAGCGACAGCGGAUCCGGUUCGACACCCGCUGCGCCGCCGGAAAAACCGAAAGAUGAGGGGAAAUGAAGUGAAUCUGUGAUACGAAUGCUCGUGUGCACGGGUAAGUAUGUUUUGCAUUGCUUCAUCUGCAAGCGAGGGUGAUGAUUUGAAAAUUUUGGGAAUUUCGCGACGAAGAAGGAAGUGGUUUGCGGUAUUGAAGAAACCGACGUAAAAUUUUGUCGUGGUUGAGUUCCAUCUUCACAACGACACGUAAAUGAAGUGGAGCGCUGACGAGCUUUCUUCUCGCGUUGAGCAUGAAAAAUAUGAACGAGCUUUUCUGGGAAAAGAAUAUUGAAAUACCCCGCGGGUUGGCGAGAGAAGCAGAAGCAGCACGUGCUAUGCCAUCUGGUUCAGCGGAGGUGGCAGGACUUUUAUUGACGCCGGCGCGUCUUCCACUUCCGGUUCCGGUGCACUGA